AACAUUACAUCAUCAAUCAAAAAACUGUCCUAAUAUAACACAACACUCACCUCUGCCACAAACAACAACAAACUCAUCACUCUCUCUAGUAACCUCAAAAUGGCCUUCAAAGACAAAGAGAAAAAACUCUUUCUUUCUUCACUAAGAAACAAUGCUUCAGAACACAAACUUCUCACAUCUCUUCUCUUUCUCUGCAUCAUUGCUACUCUCCUUCUCUUCAUUCCUUCUUCUUCUUUCACUAUCUCAGCUUCUGAUCUCAGAUUCUGCAUCUCAAGAAUCUCUCAAACCCCACCAACACCAUCACCACCACCACCACCACCACCACCACCACCAUCACCACCCUCUACCAUUCUUCAUGAAAAACUCAUUCUUAACAACAAUAACACCAAUAUCAUCAAACGUUUCUUCCACCCUUAUGGUUCAGCAGCAUAUAACUUCAUCACAAUGAGUGCUUAUAGAGGUGGACUCAACACUUUUGCUAUCAUUGGUCUUUCUUCAAAGCCUCUUCAUGUUUAUGGAAAUCCUACAUAUCAAUGUGAGUGGAUUCCUAACAUAAGAACAAACACAAAUUCUUCUAUUGAAAAAAUCACUACCAUUGGUUAUAAGAUUCUUCCUGAUUGGGGCUAUGGCCGUGUUUAUACCGCGGUUGUUGUUAAUUGUACUUUCAAUGAAACAAUCAAUGUUAACAACAAUGGCGGAAAGUUGAACCUUUAUGCUUCGACAUCAGGCGGCGGUGACACAAACUACAAUAUUACUGAUAAAAUGGAAGUUCUUGUUGAACAACCUAAGGUUUUGGAUUUGACCCUUUUUGAUUCAAAGCCAAAGUAUGAAUUUUUUUACUGUGGAUCAUCUUUGUUUGGGAAUUUGAAUCCACAAAGAGUGAGAGAAUGGAUAGCUUAUCAUGUGAGAUUAUUUGGGCCAAAAUCACAUUUUGUUUUACAUGAUGCUGGUGGUGUUCAUGAAGAAGUGUUUGAAGUUUUGAAACCUUGGAUUGAACUUGGUUAUGUUACAUUGAAUGAUAUUAGAGAGCAAGAAAGAUUUGAUGGUUAUUAUCAUAAUCAAUUCAUUGUUGUGAAUGAUUGUUUGCAUAGAUAUAAAUUUAUGGCUAAGUGGAUGUUCUUUUUUGAUGUUGAUGAGUAUAUUUAUGUUCCUCCAAAGAGUACUAUUAGAACUGUUCUUGAUUCUCUUUCUGAAUACAAUCAGUUUACAAUUGAACAGAUGGCAAUGAGUGUUAAGGUUUGUCUCUCUGAUGAUUAUGGCAAAACUUACAGAAAAUGGGGAUUUGAAAAGCUUGUAUACAAAGAUGCAAUUACAGGAAUUAGAAGAGAUAGAAAAUAUUGUGUUCAACCAAGAAACUUAUAUGCAACUGGUAUUCACAUGUCAGAGAAUUUAGUUGGAAAAACAACUCAUAACACUGAAGGAAGGAUCAAAUAUUUUCACUACCAUGGAAGCAUAGCAGCAAGAAGAGAAACAUGCAAAAUUCUAGUGAACAAAACAAAUGUUAACUAUGAAAAAACACCUUAUGUGUUAGAUACUACAUUAAGAGACAUUGCUGGUGUAAUCAAGAAAUUUGAGCUUAAGAUGAUUGGAUCAAGAUUGCAGAAAACAAGACAAUGAUACCUUCAAUUCUUUUUCCUUUUUUUUUUCUUUACCUUUUCCUUUAAGGGGUCUUAAAUUUAAAGUUAUUUAAUUUAUCUUUUCAUAGGAUAUAAAAUCAUUUAAAGGUUCUUUCUUUUCUAUUUUUUCUUCUAUGUAUUAUAUUCUUCUUCUUUUUCUACUUUUAAUAUAGUACAGAAACUGAUAAAUAAAUUAUCUUGUUUCAUUUUUUAAUAAUUUUUUAGAGGUUCUUUGUUUUUUUUUAUAUGCUGUAUUUUGUAAAAAUAAUGAAUAAAGAUUUCAAUAAUUUGUCA